UCAUUAAUGUCAAAAUAGCCAAAAUAGUAUUCUUGCAUUGUUUAUGAAAUCCUUGAAAAUAUGUUAAAAUUAGUUUGUCAACCGUAAAAUUUAUUAUGGCUUGCCAAAUAAAAUUAAGUGCAAACAUAGUAAAUCAAUUAGAUAUAAGAACAAUAUUGUUUCCAUUCGAAUCGACAAACGGGGGCGAAAAUUGGUUAAAUUCGUGCGAAAUUUCUUUAUCGCCGUGCGGAGAUCUUUUAAUACUCGCGCAUGAUAAACGACUGCUUGUUUUGACUGGAAAAUGGGACGCUGGUAGUUCUUUAACAAAUUUUUAUGAUUCUUGUUCUUUGAAGAAUGAUCAAAAUGAUGUUAUUACGUCCGUUUUGUGUUUGCCAGUUGUGUCACAUGGACAAACUAGUUCACAGGUAGGGCCCGAUUGGACAUGUAUAGCUGUGGGAUUUCAAUCGGGUUAUAUUCGAUUUUACACAGAAGAUUGCAUGCUUUUAUUAGAAGAACAAUUUCAUAAUGAAGCUGUAAUCAGCAUUAAAUGUCAAUCUCAACAUAGCCCCAGACCGGAUAUUACAGGAGAUUUAAAACCAGAAGAAAUUUAUGUUCAAUAUUCAACUAACAUUUGUGUUAUUAAUGGUCAAAAUUUAUUUGUAACACUAAGAAAUUGCAGAAGUUAUUUGGCUAAAGGAGUUAAAAAUAUAUCAUCACCUUCAGAGGCUUUGAAUAUAGCGAUGAAUCCAAAAAAGUGGGGUUUUAUCGAACAAAAUAAUGUUGCUGAUGCUUCUGUUGUUGGGUUAGAUUUAUCAAACACUUUUGAUCAUCUUUUAACAGCUUCUACUUGUGGUGGAUUUGAUACAAAGUAUAGGGCUGUACCACCUAAUAAUAACUUGGUUAUUGGAGUUGGUAAUAAACCAUAUGUUGGUUUUCAUUAUGCAUUAGAAGGGGGAGCUCAACCUGUUUUAAGUGAUGUAGCAAAAGCUUUAGCUAAUAAAGUUAAAUCUGCUUUACCAGGAUGGCUUACUGGUACAAAAACUACCGUAGAUAAGCAAUCUUCAGUAACAUUACUGCCAUCAGAAUCAAUGGCCUGUAGAUUUGGUCUUUGUGAUUUACGUCGAGUUGCAACAAAUGUUAUUUUAUCGCCUGAUAAAAAAUUAGCUGCAAUUUCUGAUAGUUUAGGAAGAGUUAUUUUAGUAGAUACCCAUAAAGGGAUUGCAUUAAGAAUAUUUAAAGGUUACCGUGAAGCGCAAUGUGCAUUCAUUCAAGUCCCUGAUGAAAGAAAAUCAAAAUCUCGUACAAAAGCGAUCGCUUUAUUCCUAAUAAUUUAUUCACCCAAAAAAGGAACUUUAGAAAUAUUCUUAACCCAAUUAGGCACGAAGAUAGCGACAUUUACCGCUUCGAAAAAUAGCAAAUUACUUUACGCGAAUUAUGGUUUAAUGGGAUUUCAAUCGAUGUCGAAAUCGAGAUUUAUUUGUCAAUAUGCGACAACGUUUAUCGAUCCUGAUGGUUCUAUAAAAGAAAUUAUAAUUCCGUUUCAUUUCGCGUUAUCUGAAAGUAAUAGUAAACGAGCGCGAGAUAUGCAUUUGUAUAAAAGAUUAAAACAAUUUGCGAAAACGGGGAAUUAUAACGAAGAAGAAUUAUUGACGGAGUGUUUUAAUACUUGUUCAGAGUUAAAAACGGCGGAAGUAAAGCUUCAAUUGAUUGAGUUUUUAAGUAAUAAUAAAUCGACGUUUCCGGAAAUUAUUUUUAAAUGUUGCAAUUAUUUCAUUGAAAAAAUCAGCGUUAAUAAUGUAGCCGAAUUAGAACCAGAUUUAAAAUCUCUCAAGAUUCUUUGCGAGAAUUUAUGUUCUUUAGUGAAUUUUUUUGUGUUCGUUCAUAAUAAUAACGAUGAAGAUAAUAAUGGAAAUAAUGUGUCUUCAGGAAAAGUUGUCGAUACAACACGAGUUUUAAGCGAAAAAGAUAUGGCGAAUUUACAAAAAUUAUUAGAUUUGAGUACGAUUAAUAAUUUUAAAAGUCCAGUGUUAAAAGUGAGCUUUCAAGAUAAUGGGCACGAUAUUUUAAGUAAUUUUAUUAAAAUUUUUAACUUAAACGAUGUCGAGCAUAUAUCUUUAAAAACGGAUGUUGAGGAAACGUUAAUUUUUCAAACUGCUAAGGUUAUUUUUGAAAAAUAUGUUUUACAUCAUUUUGAUUCUUCUAUUUUAAAGAUAAAUCUCAAAUCAUCAAGAAUUUUAAUAGAUGACUUAUUCCACCUUCUUCUUGUUUAUUGGGAAAAUCGAGCAUUAAACAUUGAUAUAAACCUAGAAAAUCAAAUGGAAAAUUUCAGCUCAAUUGUAUAUGCAUUAGCUGAAAACGCGAUUAGUACCGAAGUAGUUGUAGAUUAUAAUCAAAUAUCUCCAUUUUGGGCAACAAUUCGUAGUAUAUUAAUGAAUUCUUCGCGUUCAUUUCCUGCGUUAAUGGCUGCCAUAAUAUGUAAAAAUGUUGCUCAAAGAAUUGAAGAUGAAGUGCGAUUAGAGAAAAGUGAAGAUGAUUUUGAAGUGUGGGAAGAUCUUUCGAAAGAAGCGUGCGAAUGGAUUUUAUUAAUUGGUAAAUUAGAGGACGUUUCUUUGUUAAAUAUAAUUUUAUCGAAUGAAAAGAAUAAAAGUGUUGGCGACGUUCCGAUUUUAAAACAUGAAAAAGAAGUGAUUAGUUUAAAGUAUGUUUUGCAAAGGGGGAAAGGAUCUGUUAGUGAAUUGGUUGCGAAAUGGUUAACUUCAAGUGGAUUAAAUCCGAGAUUAUUACCGUUAAAUGACCAAAUUAUUAAUUUAAAUAGUUUUGAUGAAAAUCAAAGUAAAGAUAAUAUAAAUUACGUUGAAAUUUAUGGUAUUUCCGAAGAAGAUUAUAAUCGUGUUAAGUCAGAGAAAAUUUUUGAACAAUUUAACAUUUUAAAAAAGCAAUUUCCUUAUAGUUUAGAAUCGGAUGUUCUUUUAGCGAAUAUGUGUUGGGAAUAUGCGAUAUUUUGGCAACGAGAUCUUGAAAAAAUUAAUCUUUUAGAAGCUUGUAUUCGCUGCAUCUCGGAAAUAAAAAAUCCAAAAUUUAAAACGGGAGUUUAUCAAAUUUUUUGGAACACCCAUUUAAAACAAUUAUUUGAAAUCGUUUGUAAAUUGAUCAAUAAAGUUGGAAAAUUACCCAAAGAACGUUUAUGUCGCCAAGAUACGGCGUUAAGCGACACCCAAAUAACUCAACUUACAAAAAUUGGUACGGAAUUUUUCGACGGUUUCAUUAUUUCUUUAGAAAAAUCCGAUGAAUCUGAGGAUUUAAUAUUACAUCACGAACCAAUUUGGGAAGAAGAAACGACACUACCUCUAUCAAAAUUAGCUUUGAAUCAUUCCAACGCAAAUUACGACUUAGUAUUAUUACACUAUCAAAUAAGUAUGUGUUUAUACAUGAUGACAACAUUUCAAAUUAAACACACCAAAUUUAUUAAUAACUUAUUUGAUCCGUUAGUGAUACCGUUAUGUUUUAUUGAUUUGCAACAAAAAGUUGAAAUAUCUUGGCAUAAAUCCGAAUCGAAAACGAAUAAUUCUCGGAUGAAUUUUUUAAUGAAAUUAAUUUUAGCAACAAUAGAAACUAUAACGGUUUCGGACGAUAAUAUUUAUUUUACUGAUCAUAUAACAUGGAUGGGUCGGUGUAUAAAAUUAGCAAGAUUAUGGAAUUUGGAGGUUGAUAAAUUAAGACAGUAUCAAGUAACGCAUCUUUACAUUAACGGUUUUGAUAGUCUUGGUGAAGAAUUAAUUUUAGCUGUUACUGAUUUGGGAAAAUUAGGUCCUGAAUUAUUAAAAGUUGUUGGAAAACGUUUACAGCAUCAAUUGUCUUUAUCUGAAGUUUUAGGGGAAAAAAUUACCGCAUUUAGUACAGCAGUUACUCAAUAUAUUAGUACAUUGGAUUCUGAUUGGUGCGCGCCUAGUACAUUACCAAAAAUACAGUCUUUAAUAUCAAAUUGUUUGAGGUGCUUUAAUGAAGAUCAAAUUGAGUAUGAAUUAGCAUCACUUAUGAUGGAUACUUGUGAUACUUUACAGCAGUUACAGAAUUAGAAUUAAUUAUACUAGUCUUGUAAGAAUAUUACAUUAUGUAGAUAUUUGCCCUUUUAAUUUUAUAAAAAAGAUAAGGAUACUGUUA